CCAUGGACUCAGAAAUCUACCCUAAGGCUCAUGAGAAUCCUAGAGCCUUCUCUUGCAUCUUUGACUCAAUCUUCUUGGAGUCUUCUAUCCAAUGCCCUUGGGGGGGUAGGAGGUGUGUUUGAGUGCCGAGAGAAUGUUUUGCGGUGGGCUCGAUCCGGGGUUCAUGAAAAUGGAUUUGUGGCGGUGAUUUUAAGGUCGGACACAAACACAGGUAGUAGAGGAAGGAGUACGUUUGUGUUAAUUGGCUGUGAAAGGAGUGGCGAGUAUAAGUGUAGGAAAAAAGAAUUUAUCAGAAGAGACACUAGGACUAGGAAAUGUGGGUGUCCCUUCAAGCUUCGUUGCAAGCCAGUGGCUGGAGGAGAAGGCAAGAUGGUGAAGUUGAUUUGUGGAGUGCAUAAUCAUGAAUUGGCCAAGUCAUUAGUUGGACAUCCAUAUACGGGGCGAUUGACUAAAGUUGAAAAAACACUUAUUGCUGAUAUGACGAAGUCCAUGGUGAAGCCAAGAAACAUUCUGCUAACUCUGAAGGAACACAAUGCCAAUAGUUGUACGACUAUUAAACAGAUAUACAAUGCAAGAAGUGCAUUCCGUUCUUCCAUAAGAGGAAGCGAUCUUGAAAUGCAACAUCUGAUGAAGCUUAUUGAACGUGAUCAAUAUAUUUAUUGGCACAGAAUAAAGGAUGAAGACGUGGUUCGUGAUAUCUUUUGGUGUCACCCUGAUUCAGUGAAGUUAGUCAACGCAUGCAAUUUGGUGAUUUUGAUAGACAUCACCUACAAAACAAACCGGUAUAGACUCCCAUUGCUCGAUUUUGUUGGGAUGACACCGACUGGGAUGACAUUCUUUGCCGGUUUUGCAUAUGUGGAGGGUGAACGCGUUAAUAAUUUGGUAUGGGCUUUACAACGCUUCCGAGGCCUUUUUUUAAAGCGUGAUGCCCUCUCUGGAGUUAUUGGAUCUCUGACUGAUUGUCCUUCAGAACAACAGUUUGAUGAAUGCCUGAAGAAGGUUGAAUCUGCUCACUCGUCUUUAAAAAGACUGUUACAAAACAGCAUUGGAGACUUAUGCAGUGUGUGGGAUGUCGUGAACAACAUGAUUACGUUGCAGCACACACAGAUUAAAGCAUCAUUUGAAACAAGUACACAUGUCAUUGGACAUGUGUUCACAAAACCUUAUAUAGGAGGCUACUUGGAAUGGUUUCAAGGUGAUGGUAACUAUGGAUAUCGGUCGGUUGCCGGUUUAUUAGGUAUGGGUCAAGACUCUUGGUCGGUGGUCCGCAACCAUCUGCUUAAAGAACUUGCCAAUUUCUCAGAAGACUAUAUCAAGCUCUUUGGUGGCACGGAGAGAUUUGAGGAAUUAAGGAUGUGA